UACCAACCGUAUCAACCGAACGUAAUGCGUAUUAAUAUUACCAAUUUUUAACUUUCGUCGUUUAUAUAUUAUUCUUUGUCAUGCGAAUGGUACAAUUUUGUGCAUCAAAAUGGAUAGUGCAAUUUUAUAUAUUACAACAAUAAAUAAAGUGAAAGAUAAUUUAUAAUUGUGCAUUAGUAUAAAUUUACAUGGCUCAUAAUUGUUAUGGGAAAACAAUUAGUUCAUAAUAGUGUAAUUGUGUGAUCAAUGAACGAGUGAUAAACUUAUACAUUAACAUAAUAUAUAUAUUAAUUUUACCAUCACCCUAUUUAGGAUUAUUUAUUAUUUAGCAAAAUGACUUCGAUGUUUGAUCAAUAUGAGCAAGCAUCUCAAAGAUCCAAACAAGUAGUACCUCCACCGAUUCGAACAGAUAUUAGCACAGCUGGAUUUAUUCAAAUGAAAUUACAAGAUGAUGGUCCAAUAUUCACAAAACAAAAAAUCAACUUUUCACCUUCUGAUAAAAUUAUUCACCUUGUAGUCAGUAGUAAUUUAAUUAUAAUAGCUAUGGCUAAUAAUGUUCUUCUUCGUAUCGAUAUGAAACAACCCGACAAAGUAGAAGAAAUUGACAUUUCGAAAUAUGCAGUAGGCAUGAAGAUGUCAAAUCUAUUUUUGGAUCCUUUAGGUUAUCAUUUGUUAAUAACAUUGACUCCAAAGAAUGGAGAUAAUCCUCCAUCAGAAUUAUUAUAUUUACACAGGAAGACAACCAAAUUAAAACAAGCUGGUAAGUUCAAAGGCCAUGAAAUUACUGCGGUUGGAUGGAACUUUUCAAAUACUUCAGAAACAGUAACAGGACCUAUUCUUCUUGGUACUUCAAAAGGUUUAAUUUUUGAAACAGAAAUUAGCGAUGGUGAUAAAAUAUUUAACACAAGCUUGGAACAGUAUUGGCGACAGCUUCCUAACUAUUUACCUCUUUAUGGUGCUAAGGAGGUAGAAGGAUUGGUAUUUGAUAUAGGAAAGAAUAGUAAACCUCCAAUUACUGGUUUAGAAUUUCAUAAGAUACCUAACUCUGAUAAAUACAUGAUUAUUGUAACUACAAUUAUGCGUAUUUAUCAAUUCAUUGGAUCAGUACAAAAUCCUGAUGAAAAGCCAUUAUUGCAACAAGUAUUUAAUAAAUAUUUAAAUGUACAAGAAAGUUUUGUGGAAGUUGUAAGUCUUUUAACUUACUCGAAAUUACAAUUUUUCUAUCCAUCGCUUGGUGCAUUACCGAAAUCAUUCGGUUGGUUGACCGAGACUGGUAUAUUGCAUGCACAUAUAGACCCAAACUUAUCAGAUCCAAAAAGUGCAUUGACAAAGCAACAGAUGAUAACAUGUCCAGAAGCAAGUCUUAUGGGAAAUAGCAAAUCUCAUACUUAUACCGCACCACUUUCUUUCGUAUUAACGGAAUUUCAUGCUUUGUUACUUUAUCCAGAUCGUGUGAAGGGCAUAUCGUUAUUAAAUCAAGAUCUUAUUUUUGAAGAUAUAUAUAACGAUACAGUUGAAAAGUUACUCAAUAUUGUGAAAGAUCCGAUAAAUCGUAGUGUCUGGGCUUACAGUGAAAGAGCAGUCUUUAAAUAUAAAGUAACUAAGGAAGAUAGAAAUGUUUGGCAGGUUUAUCUAGACAAAGGAGAAUUUGAACUAGCUAAACAAUAUUGCAAAGAUAAUCCUGCAUACAUUGAUCAAGUACUUGUGAAACAAGCUGAAAUGUUAUUUAAAAAUCAACAAUAUGAGGAAAGUGCUUUAAUAUAUGCGGACACUCAUUCAUCGUUUGAAGAAAUUUCAUUGAAAUUUCUUCAGGAGUGGCAGAUAGAAGCAUUGAAAAUAUUUUUGAAAAAGAAACUCGACGGUUUGAAAUCUCAGGAUAAGACUCAAAUAACAAUGAUUGUUGUAUGGGUAAUAGAAUUAUUUAUGAGUCAAAUGGGAGAAGUAAGAAGCAAUGAUAGCUCAUAUAUUCAUAAUCCACAGUAUAUAGCAUUGCAAAAACAAUUUGAUAGUUUUCUUGCUAUGCAAAAAGUUGAGGAGUGUAUAAAGAGAAAUCGUAAAACAAUUUAUGAGUUAAUGUCAAGUCAUGGGGAUAAAGAAAAUUUAAUGCGUUUAACGAUAAUGCAUAGUAAUUACGAGGAAGUAAUAAGACAACAUUUGUAUAAAAAUAAUUAUUUAGAAGCCCUUGAAGUAUUAAAAAGUCAAACCAAUAAAGAUUUAUUUUAUCAAUUCUCUGGUACUUUGUUACAAGAAUUGCCACGUCCUACUGUGACUGCUUUAAUUUCACAAGGAUCUUUAUUGAAACCAUCAAAGUUGCUUCCAGCUUUAGUAUCUUGUAACUGUGAUGAAAAACACGCUAAAGAAAUUAUCAGAUAUUUAGAAUUUUGCGUAUACAAACAAAGUUGCCAGGAACAAGCAAUUCAUAAUUUUUUACUUUCACUGUACGCACGUUAUAAAGAGGAAGAAGUCAUGCGUUACAUUAGCUCACAAGGCCAAUAUAUAAGUAUGGUACAUUAUGAUGUACAUUAUGCCUUAAGAUUGUGUCAGGAGGCUGGUUUAACAGAGGCAUGUGUUCAAUUAUCGGCUUUGCUUGGUUUGUGGACAAGAGCAGUAGAUUUGGCAUUAACAAUUAAAGUUGAUCUUGCUAAACAAAUUGCAUCUAUGCCCUCUGAACGGGAUGAUACUUUACGUAAAAAAUUAUGGUUAAAAAUAGCUGAACACGUAGUGCGUGAAAAGAAUGAUAUACAACAAGUGAUGGAAUUUUUACAACAAUGCGAUUUAGUUAGGAUAGAAGAUAUUUUACCAUUCUUUUCGGACUUCGUUACAAUAGAUCAUUUUAAAGAUGCCAUUUGUAAAUCCUUACAGGAUUAUAAUCGACAUAUUCAAGAUCUCAAAGAAGAAAUGGAAGAGGCAACAAAAUCAGCUGAAGUUAUUAGAAAGGAUAUACAAGCUUUUAGAACGAGGUGCACUUUUGUAGAUGCAAGAGAUACAUGCAAUUCUUGUGAUAUUCAACUUUUAUUAAGGCCUUUUUAUGUAUUUCCUUGUGGGCAUAGAUUUCACAGUGACUGUCUUGUUGCCGCAUUAACACCCAUGUUAUCAAUGGAUCAACGAACAAAACUUGCCGAUCUUCAACGUCAACUUACAGCCAUUUCAAAUAAAUCUGAAGAUACAACAUCAAUUGGAAUGGUAUCUCUAUCAAUUAAAGAUCAAAUUAAAGCUGAUAUAGACGAAUUGGUAGCUUCAGAAUGUUUAUACUGUGGAGAACUUAUGAUAGAAUCAAUUGAUAAGCCAUUUAUAGAAGAAGAAGAUUAUGAAAGAGUAAUGAGAGAAUGGGCAUAAAUGCAAUGAAGAUUCGCUGAUUACUCAUGUACUCAGUGCCUUCUAAAGGAUCAAGAGCUCUUAUCAGCACAGCACUGCCAUCACCUAAAAUCUUACCAAGAUAUUCUUUUUGAUGGAAUAUCAAAAAUAUUAUCAAUAAUUAUAUGGUAUAUGUAUUAGCUUCGUUGUCUCUAUUAUAUUCACUAACAUUAGGAUUUCCUAAUAUAUAAUAACGAGAUAAUUUAAUUGGUUGUUUCUCUGACAAACUUUCAAUAUGUACAGGUGGUACCGUUACAAUAGUAAUAGAUUUUAUACAUGAAUCAUGUUCUAUCCAUAAAUUAUUACAAUUAUAGAUAUAUUUUUGAUUGAAUUCAUCUUCAUCAAUAACAAAUGCAGUACAAAUUUUAAAUGAAUUAUUGCAAAGAUCGGUCGUUUUAAUUUGUUUAACAUUCUUUACAAUUUCUUUUUCCUUUUUAUUUUCUUUAACGUGCAUAUUUCUGAGUAAUUCCAUAUAAUCAAGACCAAGUAAAGGUUCCACAGCUUUGAUUAAUACAUAACCAUCGGAUUCUAAAUAUUUAUUUAAAAUUGUUUUUCAAAGUAAUAAUUUAUAUUAAUAAUUAUUAACUCACCUUGACUUGAUAUGUUGAAACAAUAAUACAUCCCAUAAGUCAUAUAUAUAUAAAUUGUGCCAGGUGACAUAUACAUUGGUAUAUUACGAGGUGUAACUUUAUUUUGAUAAGAAUGAGAAGCUUUAUCAACUGCACCUAAAUAACCUUCAGUUUCUACAAUUCUACCUUUUAAUAUCGUUCCAUUUUCUAAGCGACGAACAAGUACUUUUCCUAUUAUUAUAUAAAAAUAAAAUUUUAGGUUGGAAACUAUGAAACGGGCGUUGAAUGAAAAUAAAUAACUAAACAAAAACGUCCGUUUCAUAGUUUCCAACCUAAUACAUAUAUAUAUAUAUAUAUAUAUAUGUAUGUAUUUUAAAAAUGUGCUUUUACAAAUUAAAUUAAUUACCUAAAAGAUGUUGAGCAAGUUGUUCGCAAGGUGUAUCAAAAAAUUCAAAUGGAAGCCGAGACGAAGAUAUUUCUUUUUCCCAAGGUGUAACAGGUGGAUCCUCUAAUUGUUUUAAUUCCUCUUUCAUCAUUUUCAAAUCCACUAUCGCUCUUAUUUUUUUCCUUGUAACAUUUUUAUUAUCCGUAUGUGAUAUUUCUACGAUUUCUUUCUUUCCUAAGAUAGAAUAGAUUUUAGAAGAAUAAAGAUUUUCUUUUUUUUCUUUUUUGUUUUUUUUUUUUUUUUUUUUAUGAGUACAAAGAGAAAGUUUAAUUAUUUAAUUUUCAUAAUUCGAUUACCCUCAAAAUCCUUUAAUUUAAUCGUAUCUAAAGAUUUAUCAUUUUCAUUUCGCAAUACUUUCAAAUUUAUUUUAGACCUUUUAAUUUCCUUAUCCUUAGGUUGAAGUACCUCGACGAAAUUCUAAAAAUUAUUAUGAGAAAUUAUAAAUAAAUACAAAAGUAAUCGAAAAUAAUAUCAUCAAUAAAAUCAUUGAAAAUAAUAUUAAUAAUAUUAAUUAAAAAAUUAAAGAACAUUACCUGUUCAGUUUUCGUAACCAUAGCUGUUUCACAAAUAUCAUUUUCAUUGUGAUUAAUUUUAUUAUCAACAGUAUUAAUUCUUUUUGUUCGUUUCAUCGAGGAAUCGUUAUAUAUUGAACAAAAUUUUCUAUUAUCGUUAAUUCUUCGUUUUGUAUAUUCUAUUAGAAAAUAAUUCAAUUAAAGAUAUUAAUUAAUUCGUUUAAACGAAUUUAUAAGAUUGUGAUUUUCUUCGAUUAAAAUAUAAAAAUAUCUUUGAAGUUGGACAAAAGAGAGAUAAACGUCAAACGUCAGUGUUACCACCAUUAAAAUAGAAAAAUCAAAAAUAUAUUAAGAUAAUUUUACUAAAUAUCUACAAUUAAGUAGAUCUCACGAUGGCGGUAAAUAUUAAAAAAGAGAUCUCAAACAA